GCAAGUGUAGCUGAGAUGGAAGCUAAUUAAUCGAGGGAACAUGGUAAGAAUGCUUCGAGGACUCGUGAUCCUCGCCGCCGUCGUCGUGGCCCUGCAUUGCUGUGAACUCCCGCGAAGGGCCGACGGCAGGUGCGUCCUGUUCAACUUCGGCGACUCCAACUCCGACACUGGCUCCCUCCCUGCCGCCUACGGCUUCUACCUCGGCCCGCCCGCCGGCCGCCGCUUCUUCAACCGGACCACGGGCCGCUGGUCGGACGGCCGCCUCUACAUCGACUUCAUUGGUACGUACCUACCUUGCGUCCAAACCAUCGUUCGUUUAGUUCCAUGCGAGCAGAGCUCAGCUCUUCGAAUGGAUGCCUGUGCAGCCGAGAGCCUCGGGAUCAGGUACCUGAGCCCGUACCUGGAGUCGUCGGGUUCCAACUUCACCGACGGAGUGAACUUCGCGGUGGCCGGGGCGGCGGCGGCGAGCAACCAGAGCGCCAUCCCGUUCACCAUGGCCACGCAGGUGAACCAGUUUUUGCAUUUCAAGAACCGGACCCGGGAGCUCCGGCCGCUGGGGCAGGGCUCGAUGCUAUCGGAGGAAGACUUCCUGGGAGCCGUGUACUCGAUCGACGUCGGACAGAACGACAUCACGCUCGCCUUCCUUGCGAACCUCACGCUGCAGGAGAUCGUCGCGGACGGCGGCCCUCUCGCCGCCGCGGCAGCCAAGGUCGAGGAGUCCGUCCGGGCGCUGUACGGCAGCGGCGCACGCAAGUUCUGGGUGUACAACACGGGGCCCAUCGGGUGCCUGCCGCAGACGCUGGCGCUGCGGCAGAGGCCCGGCGACGAGCUCGACGCGGCCGGCUGCCUCGCCCGCUACAACGCCGCCGCCCGGGCGCUCAACGCCGGCCUCGCCGCGGCGUGCCGCCGGCUCGCGGACGAGUACUGCGGGAGCGCGACCGUGGUGUGCACCGACAUGUACGCCGUCAAGUACGACCUGUUCGCCAACCACGACCGGUACGGCAUCGAGCGGCCGCUGAUGGCGUGCUGCGGCCACGGCGGGCCGCCGUACAACUACGUGAACCUCAAGACGUGCGGGCAGCCGACGGCGACGGCGUGCCCGGAGGGGGAGAGGCACGUGAGCUGGGACGGCGUGCACUACACCGAGGACGCCAACGCCAUCGUUGCCUCCAAGAUACUCUCCGGCGACUUCUCCCAGCCGCGCACCAAACUCCACGCGCUCUGCGAAUAAUAACGCGACAAUUUGUGAUGUUUUAGUAAUCUUGAUCGUGUACACACAUCGAGUGUUGUUUUCUACUACUGAUAACUACGCUCCACGGCUAGUUCUUAAUGGAUGUGUUUCCAAUUAGUUCGACGA